CUUCAGACUUCAACUCAUGGUAAAGUCUUUAUAGCCUUGUAAAAAAAAAAAAAUUAAAAAGUACAGAACACACUUGGAUGUGCACCAUUAAUUUUGUACAUCACCACACAAACUAGAGCCUGAGCCAACAUGAGGUUAUCUCUGCACACCAUCAUCUGCUGCUGUGUUUUCACCACAGUCCUGCCACUGUUAAAAGGUGCCACAGGAGAGACCAACACCAGCAUGAAAAAAAGCAGGUCCAGACCGUGGCUGCAGAGUCAUGUGAAAAGAGACUUAGCUACAGCCGAUGGCCAACGCUUAGAAAUCUUGAGUGGACCACUGCAGGAUGGGCAUGCCAAAACUCUCUCACCCCCAUCGAGCUUGGGGCUAAAUAAAAGGCCCAAACGGUCAAAAACAUCUGGCUGUUUCCUGGUCACAUGUUUAUACCACGAUUUGAUUCACGACUUGCUCGAGAUGAACAACAAUCAAGAAAAGACCAGCGCCCCGGAGGAAAAGAUAGGAAGGAAUGGCUAUGGACGUCGCCGCCGCUCACUCCUGGAUCCCAUUCAGCUUGUCCUCCACACAGGGACUCAUAGAUGGAGCACUGAAACUGGUCAGCGAGUCAGCAACCCCAAAAGCACGAACACAGUGGCAUAAGACAGGCAUGGGAAGGCAAAGGAGAAUCCUUGUUGGGGUUAUGUGAGCACCGCAGGUGAAGAUAAGUCCGUGAAGAAGUUUUAUCCCACAGAUUUAGAACUAGAUAUAGCAAAAAAAAAAAAAAUCGCUGCUACAUCUGUACAGCCUAUCAGAGGAAGCUCAGGCCACUCUGGAUGAACGCAAGAUUGAAAUAAUUCAAACCGAGAUGUUUGUGUGCUCAUGCUUAGGUCCAGGUUUCAGUGUCUCUGAACAAGUGUGUGAUUUAUUGAUAAAUUCAAGCCAGACCUGUGGGACUUGACAAGAAUGUCUGUCUCUUCUUCAGCAUCCAAAGCGAGCUUGGCAGCUGAGAAGACAAUUCCUGAGGAUCGUCUCAGGAAUCGUCUCAGGGUCUCGAAAUAGAAAGUGUGGAAGAACUUAUUCUGAAACAGGUGAACCUUAUUUUUUGGCUCAAGAAACCAGCAUUACUGGGCCCGAAACCACCAAAUGCAGAAUCUUCACAAGUGAACUGAAUUGCUUGUUAGCGACAACUUAUACAAAAUACAUAUAAAAAUGUGUAAUUUGUACCUUAUAUGUAAAAAUAUAAAAGACUACUUUAUAAACAUGCAAUAUAACUACAAUAAAACUACAUAUUAAACAUCUUUAUUUUACCUUCAGUGAAAUAUCUGAUGUAUCUGAAAUGUAUAGUUAUUUUUUGUUUUUUACAGUUCUUUAAGUAUCUAAUCAAUGCGUUAUUCCAUUUGCUUUUACUUGAUUACACCUUUUUGGAACUUAUUUAUAUUUGAAAUGUGUUAUGGAUAUUUAUCUGGAGGUCAUGCAAAUCAUCUGAAGCAGAGGAGGCCUUUUAGGCUGGGGCUGGACUUUCACUGAAAGCGAUAAGGAUUGAUGAGUUGAUGAAAGUGUUUUGCUGCCAUCUAGCUUUACAGUACGCUACAUGUAACAACUGCAAGCCAAGGCCUUUCAAAGCACUUACUCUGGUGUGUUAAAUGUUGGGUUUGGCAUUCAUCUCCUUCUGUCUUUGAAUGUAAUAAAACCUCAAGUUACUCACAAUUCAGCUGAAAUUACUUGAAAAGGUAUUACUGAACUGGAUUUGUCUUGUUUCAAAUACCAGAAACUGUACAAAUUUUCAGUAAUAAUUGAACAAAUACAUCAAUAAAAUAAAUGUGAAGAAACAUUUUUCUUCUGUGACCAUGUCAAAUAUUUAUCUUGUGUGUGUUCAUAUUAGGAGGCAAACUACACACGCAUGGCGUGUGUAGUUAAAUAUGAUUAAACUGA